AUGAUUCGAUGUUCAUUUGGUUUCCCAUUUGGAUUAGGUUUAGAAUUUCGUGGAAAGAAAUUAUCCGCUUCCCUCAAGAGAACUGAUGUGAUCGUAAGUGCUUUAAGUGCCCAAGGGACGGGUGGAAAUUUUUAUAGUGAUCAAUUACCAUUUUUGAAAGCUGCUAAAGAAGUUGGUGUGAAAAGAUUUAUUCUAUCGGAAUUGGUGGUGAAUAUACUAAAUUCCACUUCUUUAACGGACAUUGGUAAAUAUGCCGUAGAAUCACUUAAAUUACCCGAAGCUCGUAAUGCUACCAUUAAAGUAGCUGUUGUUGAAGAUAGAGAAGUUCGUAACAAAAUCGAACCAAUUCCAUCAAUUACCGAUGAUUUUAGAGUUUUCAUUUUCGAAAAUGCUACACUUAGUAAAUUGGAUUUCCUCAUGAACAAAUUGACGUCAUAG